CGCCUGGGUAGCACAUAGUCCGGCACAGACUCCGCAGCGUACCUGUUUAUCGACAAGGGACUUCAGCACACGCUUCGCAACAGCAGCCCCAACCUACCCUCCGACAUAGCCUGUGUAGCGUCCGGAGAACCACUUGGUAAAUAUGGCAUCCUGCCUGCGGCCCUGGACUGCAAUGCUGGCGCUGAUCCUGUGCGUGUUGGUGUGCUUGGGAACCUUUGUCGAUGCCGCCCCUCCGAAGCCAGAACACCCCGGGGAUGACGCCCCGGCGGAGGACGUGGCCAAAUAUUACACCGCGCUCAGACACUACAUCAACCUCAUCACGAGGCAGAGGUAUGGCAAGCGCUCCAAGCCAGACUCCCUGACCGCAGAGCUGCUCUUUGGUGACAACUCAGAGACCAACGCCCGAUCAAGAUAUGAUGACUCCUAUGUGUGGUGACGAUCCCGUCUCCCUACCCUGCUGCUAACGCCGCCCCCACCCCAUCUUUGUGCCCGUCGCGUUGUCAUGGCUGAUACUGGAAGUGGCGUUAACGCCAGCUCCUCCUGCCCAACCAUUGGCUGAAUGCCAUCUCUCCCUCUCCUCUCCUUCUCUCCCUCACUCUCUGUCCCUCUUCGACCAUGCUUCUACCUACACAAAGACAAAUUGUAUAUAAUUUAUUAAUGAAUAAGACAUUUAAAAAAAUUAAAAAAACAAUAAAAACAAAUGUCAAACUAA